AUGUGGUCAAAAGGAAAUCCAAAUUUUUGUGAGACACUAAGUUCUUUGAUCUCAAAAACAAGGGAACUAAGCUUAUUUAUCCUAAAGAUGGUUGUGGAGGGCUUUGGCCUUCCAGAAAAAGGCACCAUGGCCAUAAUAUUCCACAAUGAAGUCCAAGGUUUGCAGGUGUUAACAAAAUCGGGCAAUUGGGCUAAUGUAAAUAUUCCUCCAAAUGGUUUUAUUGUACUUGUUGGUGGUAUGUUGAAGGCAUGGAGCAAUGGGAGAAUCCAAGCACCAAAACACAGAGUGGUGACAAGAGGAGACAAAGAGAGAUUGUCAUUUAUUCUUUUUGCUGUGCCAAAUCAAGAAACACUCAUUAAGGUGCCAUCUGAAUUGGUAAAUGAAGAUCACCCUCUUCGUUACAAGCCCUUCAAAUAUGAGCCUAGGAGUUAA